UCAAGUGCUUUUGGUGGGCCCGGGGUUCGUGGUCCCUGGUCCUCCGCACUGUCCCAGAGCCGCGGGUCGAGCGUCCUCCCCCAGUCCGGGAGCGACGCUGAGUGGAGCGGCCGAACACACGAGAUGUGGAAGCUGAGCCGGGGCCGGGUGCUUCUGGACGAGCCCCCUGAAGAGGAGGACGGGCUGCGCGGGGCACAACCGGCUUCAGCAGCUGCCCCGGCGCCGGGAGCAAGUCUCAGAGGCUGGAAGGAAGUAACUUCUCUGUUUAAUAAAGAUGAUGAACAGCAUCUGAUCCAGACGUCCAAAUCUCCCAAGUCCAAAGGAAGUAAUCUACGACUAAAAGAGGAGUUGAAGGCAGAGAAGAAAUCAGGAUUUUGGGACACUUUGGUUCUGAAGCAGAACACCCAGCCUAAAAAACCAGACCAGAUCGAAGGUUGGGAGCCCCCGAAACUUACUGCUGAGGACGUGGCAGCCGACAUCGAGGACGGGAGCAGCAGCUGCCCACCCUGGUCCGGCUGGGAGGAUGAUACCAAGGGCUCUACCAAGUACACCAGUCUGGCCAACUCGGCCAGCAGCUCCCGCUGGAGCCUCCGCUCAGCAGGGAAGCUGGUCAGCAUCAGGCGACAGAGCAAGGGCCACCUCACAGACACCUGUGAGGAGGUGGAAUGAGCUGACGGACUUUCACUGUGACAUCAUGUUGCUUCUAGGGUUCGCCAAGCCUUGGUGGCCUUCUACUAGUGCGCCAUUCAUUUGUUGAGCCCUCUCAUAGUCAAAGAAAGGGAUCCACUGAGUCGCUUGUGUUCUGUGCUCAGUGACCCACAUGCGCCACGGCUUCCUGGGGACAUCCGGUAGCCUGACUGCAGAAACACCGCCCCCUGGGUGCGUGUCUGUUGAAGGAACUUGUGCUUCGCCGGCACUGUCCCGUGAGACAGAACAAUGACUCGCAGCCUCCUCUAAGUUUCCCGCCAGCCUCGGUCAUCUUGUCUCUGCAUGUGACAUGCGCGUGAUGACAUGAGUGUGAACGUGGCCUCAGUGGUACCUCCUCCCCUUGUCAGAACACAAGAGCAUCUCCCAGAGGCGACGGCCGUUCAGCUUAACAACAGGUUCAUUUCUCCCUUAUUAAGACAGAAGCGAAACAGAAUCUGGCUGCUGGAAGCAACUGAGGUGGCUUGAAGUAGAAUGUCAGGGCGUUCUGAGUGGCCCGACUGCUGCGGAGGCGGAGGAACCUCCAGUGUGAGCUUGGGUGGCAACGGGUUCUCUUACGGAAUUUUAUUUUUGCUUUUGAACUUUUAAAUACGGGAUCUUUAUUUUUUUUUUUUUCAAAACAUGUUGAUUUUCAAACUUAAAGAUGAGAGAAAUCCUAUGAGUGAAUUCCGGUCACCCAAUAAUCUUAGCUGUGCCCCGAAAACACCAACCUGCUCGCUGUAGGGUUAAGACUAUGUAUAACUUACUGAAGUGCCUCUUUUCUAUUACUCUCAGAGGUUUAGUUUUUCAAAGUGAGAUACUUUUAUGAUUGACGUUAAACCUGUAAGAAGUGUUCCCCCCCCCCCCCAACCUGCUCUGCCUGUCUCACACUGCUGACUGUCCCUGCUUGUGGGCCUGUGGAUUGACAGGGUUGGAACCUCCAUAGGGGGCAUUUAGCAACAGCUGGUGCACGUUGCUUUUGUUGUUCAGUUAACAGUGCUCUGAUGGAGGCGGUGUAUUUCUCCUUUUUGGGUUAAAAAUGAACACCCUCCCAUCACACUGCCCUUGAGUUUGUCCGUGUGAGCAGUGUGCUGCUCCAUGUACCUGGAUGUCCCACUCAGUGUUUCCUGUGGCACAGUGGAGUGGCCCGGUGCAUACGUGGUGUGGGAGCAUCUAUGUCUUUAAUGGAACAAGUCUGCUAGAUAUGUCCGUCCACAUGUCUGUACGCCGCCUCGCUAGCCAGCCACCUGUCUCCAUCCUCCUGUCCACACAUCACCUGAGCUGUGCAGUUUCGAAAAAUAGAAUAAGUUUACCUAAUGAGUUUUGAGAGGGCUUUACAUGGUUUCAAAUAAAAAAUUGUUAACACUUA